GUCGUAGUCUCACUCUUCCGAGAUCUAACUGGAUUUCUUAAAACACUACACACUAAGUACUGAAUCAGUGACCCUCUUCCAUCACAGUACUAGUCUCGAUAUCGUACCGCAUGCGUUUCGACACUGUCAAUUGUCAAGUAUUGACGUCAGGUGAUCAGAUUACCAGAUCGUUCUAUCUCAGAGACUCGUGAGGACGAGUACUCGUAGUUGCAGUCGCACCAUGGCCUCAUCCUCAGAAGUCCACCCAUCUGGUUCAUAUGAAUCAACUUCUGCAGACAUUCUUAAAAGUCAAACGAUGCUUCGAGUUAUUUUCUGUCUCGCUUCCAGACGAACUCAUCGAUGACAUUAUCGAUGCUGCCUCCUAUUGGGCGCACACCUCUAUAACAGUCAAUCGUACCGUUCACGUUCACACUGUCCACGGCGCUUCCAUCAAGCCAGACAUGAUGUAUAUGCGUGCAUUGCCACUUGCAGUGUACGGCGCAGAAGGAGACUUCCUAUCUACAGGGAGAGAGGCUUGCUUGUCCUUGGUGGGCUACCUUCAACUGAAUCAAUUUGGGCACCCCCCACGCGUGCCAAACCUGAUCAGGUUUCAGUUAUGGAGUCAUGACCAGGGCUGGGUCUCUGAUCAUCGCAGUCAUCAAGGGACGUACGAAGGCUCUUACACCUGGUUCGAUUCCAGUGUGGAGAGACUCAACUCCACUUCAUAUCUCACGGAAGUUGAUGAACCGUCCUUCGAUGAUCUGAAAAAAAUUAUCGUUGCGAACAGUCAAUCAACGCGCUAUAUCGUCACUUGGACGAACCUCGACAAUGUCAAAGAAAGUUCGCCCGAAGCAAUUGCAGCAGAGACUAGGGGACAGGGAUGGAGGUCAUACGAUGGUAGCUUUACACAUGAUUUGCAGGUCGGAGACUGCAUUACUCUGCGGAUGAGGGCUCGCUUUCCAGGCUGGAGAAUGGAUGUUGUGAAGGCAAAGAUAACAGUAUAUUGGGCAGUAUGGGAUAUUCGCACUCUUGCGUACGCCUGUUGUUUAUCGUCUUUUAUCAUGUACAUGGGAUUUCGGUUCAAAGGGUUUCCAGAUAGUACAGAUCAGCCAUGA